AAUCUUGUGAAUGUGCUGCUAAAUGUGCUAAUGGCGGAGAAACGACUUACAGUUCCAGGACAACUGUCUAUCCACCGUUAUCGGUGGCUAUGCUAACUAGCCUUAGCGUGGUUGACAGCGCUAAGACCCUCCUCCUGACUCUGAUCGGUUGUUUCUGGUUAGUACUGGAAGCACUAGUAAAAAGAAGAGGAACUAGAUUUUUUUUUCACAUAUUAUCUCAUACCAUCACAACAUUGUCACUGUUUUAACAAAUAUGCAAAAAAACAUAUUUUUUCAAAUAAAAGGCUUUAAGACAGCACUCUUUAAAACUAUACUCAGUAAGCUGGUUUUUUUUGUUUGUUUGUUCAUUACAACUGGAUCAUAUUUUAUUUAGAUCGUUGUGUAAAUUCCCUUCCAGUUCCAGUCAUAAAGCACUUUAAGCUCAAUGACAAGGCUGAUUAAAGUCCUGCAGAAGAACACUCACUGUAACGUACAAACAGGUCAGGGAGUGAACGAUAAAAAUUAAGAAAAAAAGUCUAUAAAUAGGAAUAAAUCAUUAGCAUAAGACAAGUCCAUCCAUAGUGAAGGGGAAGCAACAAUAAAAACUCCAUCAUGUUCCAAAUUUGUCAGUAGAACCAUUGAAAGCGUCUGGUCUGACGAUCCGAGGGAAGAAAUUGGACUGGAAUCAUUUUACACUGAAUUCAUAGACACAACCUGAAAUGUUGGAGACAUGUUUAUCUUUUUUAACUGGACCAGUCAUAAAAAUCAAGUGGUGGCACCAGUAGAGUUAGGGAAGCUAAUCCCUAAAAGCAGAACGUCAUAGUUAUCUUUUAGACAGAAAAGGUUUAAGUUUUAAGAAACGCCAUAACCAGAAAAGGCUGGAUUUCACCCCAAACUCUACUUGACUAUGCAUUUUUAUCCCCAAUCAUGUAAAAUUUCUUCUCUAAGUCAUCCACAGAGUUAUAGUCCUGCAGGCCGAAUAUUCUUUCUUGUUGACAUCUGGUCAGCUCUUGUUGAGUACAGUGGGCCCAGCCCUGGCUAUUUAAAGCAGUCAUAACUUUGUCAGUGCCGAACUGGUACACAUGAACCACAACCUUCGAGUCUCUGAGUCCAACAUGUCCCUGAAGAUUUACAGCAUGGUUACUUCUUUUUUUGUUGAUUUUUGAGCUUUUAAGUGUAGCUCGACGGAAAACUUUUCGAGGAGGAUCUGAUAGGAAGUAGACCUGCAACAUUUCCAUCCCAGGCCUGAGUCAUUUAAAAAAAAAAAAAAAAAAAAAAUCAGAUGUGGACGACUAAUUUGAAGCCGAAAAAGUAGAAGCUGUGGCAUCUGUUUUCCACCAGCUCAUCUCCGGUCCACUCCGAUGGCUUGUGACUCACUAGUGGGAAGUGUCGGGCUGGUUUCAGUGCUGACAUCUGCGUCCGAGCACUUGCUUUCUGCGCGAGCGAGCCUUUCAUGUCGAGCUCGGUCCGUUUGUGUCGCUGGGACAGAGCAAACAAUGAUCAUUAUUUACUGACGGCGUCGGCAGCAGGAAGUUGGGUCGACUGACGGGACCUUUUCGGUUCACCAGGAACAGAGGCAAACGGAAAGGACUUCCUCUUUGUUUGUCUUUUUUUUUUCUUUUUACAUCUGUGGAUGUUGGGAUGGUCUUGCAGACGAUGGAGCAGAGCUCGUGCACGGAGGAUCGCAUCCAGCACAGUCUCGAGCGCUGCCUCUGCCACCUGGGAGUUGACUCUCCCGACAAGAAGCUCUGGAAUGCUGGACUGUGCAUAAGCCGCUGGUGUUUGGAGGAACUUGUGAAGCGGCAUCCCCACAACUUCCUCAUCCUUCUGCAGAAAAUACUGCAAAAAACAAAGGAGGUUCUGGAGGAGUGCCAGUAUGAACUGGUGGUUCCCCUGACUCUCCUGUUCUCUGCUGCUCUUCUCAAAAGCCCACAUUUAGGCGCAGGAUGCUGUGUUCUCCAGGAGGCCUACCUGUUGUUCCACCAGUUCCUGGCCUGGCCCGAGCCUUGCAGCUCCGCCAGCAGACGUUUACUCGUGGUCAUCGAGCAGGAGAUUCGAGCGCCAGGUAUUUCAUUUCAGCGACUGGUAAGGACAGAGCAGGCUAUUUCCCCUGACCUUAACUGCUCUAAAACCUUAGUGGUCCUGUUGGUGAGUCCAGAUGCUGACGCCCCCCAGGAGGUCCAGCUGACCUCUGAGCAGCUCAGUACCAUGCAUUACUCCAGCAGGAACAUCAUAACAACUCUUAUCCUGCACAGCUUUCAGGCUGCUUUCGGUACCAAACUGGACCUGCGGGUUCUCCACGCAGCCCUGCAGGAGAAAGAGCUGUAUGAGCUGGAGCAGCUUUAUGAGACGAUAACUGGCAGCAUGGAGACGGCAACCUCUGGGGCGGAUCACACAGCUGCCAGGGAGGGACUACUCCGCAGCUUGGAGAAGCUCAGAGAAAGUCUCUCUGUCCCUUCUGGUUGCUCAGAGACCGGGUCUUUAGAGAGCCUAACGCUGCCCUACCCCAAAUGCCACACAUGCUUAUGGGAUGAGGACAACUUCGAUGUUCUAAAAGACCUGCUUUUAGUCGAUUCUGACCUGGACUCCCCUCCAGAAUGUUUCCCCAAAAUCGACGAGGAUGACACUUUUGACACUAGUAUCGACGAGGAAGACGAGCAGGACUCCUCGAGCAAACGGGACGAUCCGUUUCAAAGCCAUCGGAUCUCCACCGCCUCGUCUUCCUCGAGGGACUCUACCUUCUCGGGAUACUCUCUCUCCUCCAGCUGGUCCGUGCCAUCUGCUUCAUCAGGAGUGGAAAGCGACUUCAGCGAGGACACAGCGCACGAGGACACCGAGGAAGGGCAAGGCAGCCAACUGAAAGUCAGAAAGAAACCCAAGAAAAAGUCCAAAUCCCUCUUGGGAUUGGAGCGAUUCUCCUUGCUCUUCAAGACUCCGCACAGUCCGAGCACAUCUCGCCGCGUCCGGAGCAUGGGCUACAACGGAGACAUCACCAAAGACUACCUGAUGACGGGGGCACAGCUCAAACACUCCGGGACCCCCAUGAGACAUAUUCGUCAUCUCAAUGUGUCCACGGCCCCCGUAGAUCCUUCCGCUCCCCAGAGGCACAUCUGCGUCCGCAGGAGGCCGAUUCUGAGCUGCAGCGAGGCGAAUGAGGCGGAAGUGCUGACCGUUGUCAAGGUGGUCGCGUUCGGGGGUGACAGAGAGGCUGGGAGGCUCGCUCGGGCGUACAGCGACCUGCAGCAGAAAGAGAGAAAGUGUCCCCAGCUCACAAGGACGUGCAAACUGCAGUUUUACUUUGUUCCCACCAAGAGGAAAAGUGUAAGCCCAGGAGCAGGACACAUGCCUGCAGAAGGGCAGGAGUCAAAUUGCCAAGAAGUGGAGGACAGUACAACAGAUAUAGCCCAGAUGUUGGGUAUGAUGGACCCCUGGUAUGAGCGCAAUGUCUUCAGUCUGCUGAGCUUGUCCUCCGAAGUUCUCUGUGAGGGAGCUCCCAAGGAGGACGACGUCUCCGGCGGCACCGGCGCCACGGAGCACCGCCUCCCCCUGCUGGCCGACUUGGUGCUCUAUUACUGCAGACACGCCGAUCAACCCGUUCUGGUGCAGCUCUACCAGGCUGAGCUGACCCUGGAAGGGGGAGAGAAGAGAAAGGAAGUGUUCAUUCAUUCCUUGGAGCUCGGACACACAGCUGGAGCAAGAGCUGUUAAAGCCAUGGGCGCUGUGAGCAAAAGGUUGGGAAUAGAUGAAGAGCGGGAGGCUGUUCCUCUCACCCUCAAUGUGGCCUACAACAAGGUGGCCGUCAGCGGGAGGAGCCACUGGAUGCACAAAGAGGCGGUCUGCACCUCCAUCAACCUUCAGAAGACAUGCAGAGAGUCCAAACAGCUGGAUUCUAAAGAGGGCCUGCAGCUGACAAUGACAGAGGUUGUGAAGAAGCAGAGCUCCAAAUCUAAAAAGGGUUACAACCAGAUCUUGCUAUCAGAAGUGAAGGUGGACAAGAUGCAAGUGACUGCCCAAGGGGAUGGGAGCACGUUUGCUGUUUGCCUGGAUCAAGACAAAAAGACGUUCAUCCAAAGUGUGAAGAGGUGCGAGGUGUCGCUGUGCAGCAAACCAGGCAGCAGUUCGGACUGGAGGUCUUACAAAACACUACCGGGCCAAAUCCAGCCCCUCCACCCAACGUUCUGCUCCCUGCUCUGCCUUCCCGUCACUGCCUUCUCCGCUGCUGACCCCUGACCCCAGCUCUGUCUGACCAUCCAGGACCCAAAGAACACACCGAGUGGGGAAAAUCAAAGAAUAGGGACAAAGAACAGGGUUUAACAUUUCAUUUCAGGAAGCCGAUGUCUAUUUAUUAACAAUUUAACAUUAAAAAUACAUUUUGUGCUGUU